CCUCUCCUCCUCUCCCCCCCCCUCUCUCUCUCUCGCUCGCUCUAAUUUGUCUGCUCAAGUUCGUCUAUGGUGGGAACUAACCCUAAUUCAAUUAUCACCCGCGCUUGGUGGGAUAAAACCCUAACCCUAAUUCACUGUCCCUGCAUUCUCUGAUGGGUUCCAUGGUCUCGGAAAAGCUCUCGGUUAACAGAGAAAACCCAAGAAACCUCACCACCGCCACGACGAGGGCCAUGCCCGCCGAGCUCGGGGCCCAGAAGCCGCCGCUUACGAUUCUCGACCGGUUCAACGCUCUGCUGAAGCAGCGCGGCAAGAUUAGGGUUUCAGCCGGAGAAGACGCCGUUUCGCCGCCGAGUGCUGAAGAAAUCGUGCAGAUUUACGAGCUGCUGUUGUCGGAGCUAACAUUCAACUCAAAGCCAAUCAUCACAGAUCUCACCAUAAUCGCUGGCGAGCAGAGGGAGCACGGCAAGGGCAUCGCCGACGCGAUUUGCUCUCGGAUUAUCGAGGUCCCAGUUGAGCAAAAGCUUCCUUCUUUAUAUCUUCUAGACAGUAUCGUCAAGAAUAUUGGUCGCGAAUAUGUUAGUUUCUUCGCAUCCAGUCUACCCGAGGUUUUCUGUGAGGCAUACAUGCAAGUUCAACCUAAUCAGUAUAAUGCCAUGCGCCACCUCUUUGGCACCUGGUCAGCAGUGUUUCCACCUUCUGUUCUUCGUAAGAUUGAGGCACAACUGCAAUUUUCUCCUUCAGUAAACCGUCAAUCAUCUGGUUUGACUCCCUUAAGGGCUUCUGAAUCUCCUCGACCAACCCAUGGCAUACAUGUUAAUCCAAAGUAUCUGCGUCACUUGGAACAUUCAACUGUGGAUAGUAAUAUUCAGGAAGUUAAAGGAACGUCAGAUUUAAAAAUGUAUGGUCAAAAAUCUGCCGUUGGAUAUGAUGAGUUUGAUUCUGCUCAUGCAGAGGUUGUUUCCUCCCAAGGUGGAGCCCAAAGAUUGAGCUCAACAGGAAAUGCAGGUCAUGCACCUUUUGCCUUUGGGGCUAAUAAGGUACAUCCACUUUCAAAUGCCAGACUUGUAAGAUCCUCUUCCCCUUCAAGAACUGGGCCUGAUAGGUCUUUACCGUUGGGGGUUGACGAAUUUGCAGCAGACCAUUCUCCUAGAAGGUUUGUUGAUAGGGGCUCUCCAUCUCAUCCUGUUUUUGAGUAUGGACUUGGUAAAACAACUGGUAGAGAUGAGAAAAUGGGUGGCUGGAAGAAAAAACACUUUUCAGAUAAUAGUAAAAACUGCUUUGAAACUACUACAGCAUACAGCCUUAGUAAUGGACAUGAGCACCAAAGACCAAGGGCAUUAAUUGAUGCAUAUGGAAAUGACACAGGGAAGAGAUCUUUUCAUGAUAAGCCUCUGCAGGGUCAACGCCUGGACAUAAAUGGUAUGGAAAAAAAGGUUGCUCCAGCAUCAUGGCAGAAUACUGAAGAGGAAGAGUUUGAUUGGGAAGAUAUGAGUCCCACUUUAGUAGACCGUGAUAGGAAUACUGAUUUCUUGUCAUCAUAUGUUCCACCUCUUGGAAGCUUUAGGGCAAGGCCUGCCUUUGGAGUACAGAAUGCUUCCUCUUUGGAGCCUGAUAACAGGAUCAGUUGGUCUAGUCAGGCUCAGCUCCCUGCAGUGGAUGAUUCUUCUAUAAUUGCUGAAGACGCAGCCCCCUUACCAAUUUUUGGCCGUGUAUCAUCGGGGAACAUAUCUGGAUUCAGAGCUGAGGGAAAUCGGAUUCUGGAUUCUCGCUAUCCUCAGGAGGCCUGGAAUAUGCCUCCCCAUCUCAACAAAGGAAGAGGAAGGAGUUUCCGUAUGCCCUUAUUAGCAAGUGGUAUAUCUUCAUCAGAUGGUAGCAAAAUGUCUCCUCUUAUUGAUAAGCUUCCUGAUGCUGACCCACAACUUUACAGACCCUCAACUAUUAGAAUUGGUUCUUCCGAUAUUGAUUCUGUUAGUGUUGAGGCCCGACCAGCUGUUGUACCAGCAUCGGUUGGGGUAAGGCCUGCUCUAAAUGUGCAGAACUCUCGCCAACAGCCUCUGCAGCCUAGUUUUCCACAGCAGAAACAGAUGAGGAGCCAAUUCGAGUCAAUAAAUGCUAGCAAUAAUGUCAAUAAUCUUGAUUCAAAUGGUUCUUUAUAUGUGCCUGAGCAGCAGUUGGAUAAUUUUGGCAAUAAGCAGCUGAGUUAUACAAAGCUGCCACAAUUGCCUAAUCAGCGUGCAGGACUAAUUCCUCUGAAUCAUCGAAAUCAGGUGCAAGUCACACAUUCACAACCACAAUUUCCACCUCAGGAGGCACAUCAAUCUUUAGCAACUGUGGUGCAACCAAAUUUAGUGGCACCACCUUUGAGUCAUGGAUACAUUCCACAAGGGCAUGGUGCCACUAUUAGUACAGUUCUGCCAAAUCGUGUACCUGGUGUACAGCGGAUGCUACCUAUUCAAAAUAUCGCUAACAGCUCUGUACGUUUACAGGGGGGAGCCUUGCCACCACUACCUCCAGGUCCCCCUCCCACUUCAUCACAAAUGAUACCUCUCACACAAAACGUAGUUCCAGUUGUUUCUAAUCAACAGACAGGCAGUGCAUUUACUGGGUUGAUUGGUUCUCUCAUGGCUCAGGGUUUGAUCUCAUUGACCAAACCAACCCCUGUACAGGAUUCUGUGGGAGUUGAGUUUAAUGCGGACCUUCUUAAGGUGCGUCAUGAGUCUGCAAUUAGUGCCCUAUAUGCUGAUCUCCCAAGACAGUGCACAACCUGUGGCCUCCGGUUCAAAUCCAAAGAGGAGCACAGUAGUCAUAUGGAUUGGCAUGUAACCAAGAAUCGUAUGUCUAAGAACCGUAAGCAGAAGCCUUCGCGUAAAUGGUUUGUCAGUACGAGUAUGUGGCUCAGUGGUGCAGAGGCAUUAGGAACUGAAGCAGUUCCUGGGUUUUUGCCUACAGAGACCGUUGUAGAAAAGAAGGAUGAUGAAGAAAUGGCUGUUCCUGCUGAUGAGGAUCAGAAUGCAUGUGCAUUAUGUGGAGAGCCUUUUGACGAUUUUUACAGUGAUGAGACUGAGGAGUGGAUGUAUAAGGGGGCAGUCUACUUAAAUGCACCUAGUGGCUCGACAGCUGGCAUGGAUAGGUCUCAGUUAGGUCCUAUAGUGCAUGCUAAGUGCCGGUCAGAAACUAGCAUGGUUUCCCCUGAAGAUUUUAGACAAGACGAAAGGGGAAUUACUGCUGAGGGUAGUGAAAGGAAACGUACGCGGCUUAGUUAGAUCAACUUCUAUGUUGUGUGUAACUUACAGUGAUUUUCUUCAUGUUAACGGUAUGCUCUUAACUUACUUUUACAGUAGAGUUGGAGAUUGCGGUACCUUGGCUUGAUGCCAGAAUAUUGUACAUGUAUAGUUGGACUUGUACCAAGCAACAUUGUCUUGCAGCAGAGGUUACAAAUUCUCUCACAUUAUUACCUUUCUGGCAUUCUUUUUC